AUGAUUAAACAGGGGAACGCUUGUGCAGGGAAGAAGCCUUGGAAAUGGAGCGAGUGUGGGAAAGCCUUCAGCUACUACUCAGCUUUUGUCUUGCAUCAGAGAAUUCACACGGGCGAGAAGCCCUAUGAAUGUCCUGAAUGUGGGAAAGAGUUUAGCCAGAGCAUACACCUCACUCUGCAUCACAGGAUCCACACUGGGGAGAAGCCCUAUGCGUGCCGUCAGUGUGGGAAGGCCUUCAGUCACCGCUCAGCCCUGAUUCGGCAUCGCGUGAUCCACACCGGAGAGAAACCCUAUGAGUGCGAUGACUGUGGGAAGGCCUUCAACCAGAGCUCAUACCUCACACAGCAUCAGCGCAUCCAUACUGGGGAGAAACCGUACGCAUGUAAGGAAUGCGGGAAGGCCUUCAGCCAGAGCUCGUUCCUUACCCAGCACCAGGUCGUUCACACCAGAGAGAAUCCUUACAAGUGCCGUGAAUGCGGCAGAUCUUUUAGUGACCGUUCAGGCCUUAUUCAGCACCAGAGAACUCACACUGGAGAGCAGCCCUAUGAGUGUAGGUGUGGGAAGGCCUUUGGCUACUGUUCUGCCCUGACUCAGCACCAGAGAACGCACACCAGAGAGAGGCCCUAUUGGUGCAGCGUCUGUGCCAAAGCCUUCAGUGACCGCUCUGCCCUGAUCCGUCAUCAGAGGACGCACACUGGAGAGAAGCCUUACCGGUGUAAGGUCUGUGAGAAAGCCUUCAGCCAGAGCUCGUCUCUUACAAAGCACCAGAAAACUCACACUGGAGAAAACCCUAUAGGUGUAAAGAAUGUGGCAAAGCUUUUAGCCAGAGUUCCUAUCUUUCUCAACUUAGAAAACUCACGCUGUCGGGGAAAACAAGGCUAUGGGCAAGCCUUUAGUGAGUAUUCAGUCUUUGGCCAACAAAAGAGAAUCCAUACUGGAUAA